UUCCGUUUUAAAUAAAUAUAAAAUAUACAUUUUUUGAAAAAUAAGCAAAACGGUCAAAGGCAAAACAGACGAGUUUGUGCCCAGAACGGCGGUCAAAAUAUGACGGCGCGUAACCCACAGACGCUGAUGGCGCUUCCCAGCGAGGAGAACUUUGAUUUCCUGUUUAAGAUUGUCCUAAUUGGCGACUGCGGAACGGGGAAGACCUGCAUCGUUGACAGAUUCAAGACUGGGAACUACAUAGAGCGCCAUGGGAAUACUAUUGGAGUGGACUUCUCAAUGAAAACCAUCGCCGUGGAGGGAAAACAGAUAAAGUUGCAAAUCUGGGACACUGCUGGUCAGGAGAGGUUUCGCACCAUCACACAAAGCUACUAUCGCUCGGCCAACGGGGUCUUAAUUGUUUAUGACAUCACAAAGCGGUCUUCCUUCGCCAACCUGCAAAAAUGGAUCGAGGAAGUGCGCAGGUACACGGCUUCCAACGUACUGAUUAUCUUGGUGGGCAACAAGUGUGAUCUGGAGGAGGAGCGUGAGGUGGACUUCGAAGAGGCGCGUCAAAUGUGCCAAUAUAUACCUGAGAUCCUGUUCGUGAUGGAAACCUCGGCCAAGGAAAACAUGAACGUAGAGGACGCCUUUCGAUGCCUGGCCACUGAACUUAAACGCCAACACGACGCCAACACCGUGGAGGAUGUGCCUGAAAAUACGAUUACCUUGGGCCAGGGCAAACCUCUAAAGAGCUGUAGUAGCUCGUGCAAUCUCACCUAGGCCAUGCUAUAUCCAUCACAAUUCAUUUAUUUUGCUUUUAUUUUUUGUGAUCAAAUUGUUCUUGUGGCUAUAUUUUAGUACGCUAAUGUUUUUACCUAAUCUUAGACCGUUUUAGGCGAUGCCUCUUAUUUAUAUACUAACUUUUACACGACCAUGUAUUUAUUUUAGACGAUAGAGUAUAAAACAAUCUCACACAUAAACAGCAAACGAAUCGAGCCAACAAUGUCAAUUAACAAGGUGGAAAAUACGUCCAAUUCGGCUCAAUAAUGUCAAUGAUGAUCGAAAUAAACACGUCUAUUUUGUAAUUUUA